AUGUCGGGUGCGGUUCAGGAUGAAUCCAUCGGCUGUGUUGAGCUGGCCAAUCAGUGGCUUAUAGAGAACCCACAGGUGGAAGUGAAGUCCUGUGAAAGCCUGGAAGUACGAGCAAAGGGAAGUAAGGUAAACACAGACCUGGCAACGCACUAUGAGUACGGCAAAGCACGCAGCUUCUUUGUCAGAGGAUUGAGGGUGUGGUAUGGUCCCAGACUAGACCUUCCUGCUGGUACGUUACCCCAACAGAUUGGUUACCUGAAUGUGGUGCCGGGCUCUACCAACACGGGAGGGGUGUUCCAGUUUCCUGACUUUGAACCCUUCGGACAGACCAUCAACAGGCUGAAUGGACUUCUGAAGGAAACACCCAUCCCUGGUCGUAUCCUGAACUUGGAGACUCAGGACAUGAAGUACCACGGGACGUGGACACACCAGGGUGUGGACCCUGACAGGUCCUGCUGGACACAGAGCGGGGAGACAACAACAAUGUACCUCUUUGUUAUCAGGGUUUUCUAUCUACUGGGCCCUCCUGUGCCUGAAGAAAUAGGUGUAGCAGAUUUUGUACCUGAGAUGAUCUCGCCUCCUCAGGGAAUCUUCAGCAACCCUCAGUUUGAGAACUUCUCCUCCGUCAUGACCAAGGCUCGCUCCUGGGCUGAAGGUCACCUUCGCACUGUCAGGCUCAUCAACAUACAGUCAUUCGAUGUCAAAGUUCAUAGGUCAAAGUUUACAGGAGCUGUAACGAUAGAUUCUCAGCGUGCUUCCCAUAUCGAACACGGCAAACACACCACCGCCUUCAUACGCAUCAUCAGGCUGGUCUACGGCAGGCUACGGGUCAACGUCAUGCUGCCCCCGCCCCUUCCCAUGGUGCUCAGCGUGAAGACCUUUGUUCCCGCCAUCAUCUGUCGCGGCGGCAGCUGGGGCAUCCCGCAGUACGAGAGUCUGAGGGACACCAUCAAACGGGCGCAAGUCUGGCUCAGUCUUACCGGUGUUAACGUGGUGAGUGCGGAGACUAUUUCCAUACGGAUGCACUACGGGAGGAUCUCUGAUGACGGCGCCGAGACCACGCUGACGUACCAUCGCACCGACCACGGCUCGUACUUCCUCACCGCCUUCAGGAUCUACAUCGACGGCGUGUACGAAGAACCGUCGCCAGACCUACUGCCACCGCCGCCAGAUGAGUCGGAGUUUAGCAUGGACGAUUUUGGAUGUUGCAACGUCAUGUAGUCUAGUAACCUAGAACUGUUCAUCAAUGCAAAAUCACCAUGCUUGAGGUAAUACAUAACAGAUUUGUCGAUGCUCUACAUGUUAGCUAUAGUUAGAAUGAAUAAGUGUAGGGUUAUGUUACAUGUUAGGCCACACCAAUCUGCUUUCUUG